AUGGCAACCCAGGGACAAGGAAACCAAACAUCUGUCACAGAAUUCAUCCUCCUGGGAUUUGGGGAUCUUCCUGGCCUACAGGUUCCUCUUUUCCUGCUCUUUCUCGUGAUCUACCUGGUGACCAUGGCUGGGAACAUCCUUGUCGUGGUGUUGGUUGUGGCUGAUCGACACCUUCACACCCCCAUGUACUUUUUCCUCGGCAACUUGUCCUGCUUGGAGAUCUGCUACAGCUCCACUCUCCUGCCCCAGCUGCUGGCUGGUCUACUGACUGGGGAUAGGACAAUUUCCUUCACUGGGUGUCUCACACAAUAUUCUUUCUUCUGUGCGCUGCAGGCCACAGAAUGUUUCCUUCUAUUGGUGAUGUCCUACGACCGGUAUCUAGCCAUAUGCAACCCACUGUGCUACACCACCCGGAUGAGUGGCAGGUCUUGCCUACAGCUUGCCGGGGGAUCUUGGAUAAGUGGCUUGCUUGCUUGCAGUAUAACGACAGUGCCAAUAUCCCAGUUAACCUUCUGUGGCCCCAAUGGUAUGGACCAUUUCUUUUGUGACUUUAUUCCCCUUGUAAAACUCUCCUGCAAUGACCCUCUGCUGAUGGACACGUUGGCGUUCUCAAUGUGCUUGAUUUUCUCACUGGUCCCUUUCUUGCUCACUUUGGCCUCUUACAUUUGCAUCCUCAGGACCAUCCUCAGAAUCCCCUCCACCACCGGGAGGCAAAAAGCCUUUUCCACCUGCUCCUCCCACCUCAUUGUGGUGAGUGUUUACUAUGGAGCUCUCCUGAUUGCCUGCAUGUUCCCAACCACCGACCUCCUGAGCCACUUCAAGAAAGUUCUCUCUGUCUCCUACACCGUCCUGACGCCCCUGGUCAAUCCACUCAUCUACGCCCUGAGAAACAGAGAGGUCCAGGAGGCCCUGUACAAAGCUUGCAGGAAAUUAAGAACACCCGCAUUGGGUUAG